CUCCACCAACAACCGCCAUAUGUGAACUGGCUCUCUUGUUGACAAGGUCUGCCUUGGGCCACUGCAAUAAUAAUUCUACCUGUAAUAGAUCUUAGCAAAAAUCAUCACUAUCCAACUACUCUACCACAUCUAAAUCAUGGCAAACCUCGGCCCUCCUUUCCAUCCCAUCGCCGGCGUCGCAAACUUCCGAGAUCUCGGGGGCCAUCCGUUGCCUAUAAAGUCCCGCCCCGGAUACACAAUCAGAUCCGGCCUCAUCUUCCGCUCAGCAGAGCCAUCCCGUCUCACCGAAGACGGCGUCUCGGCGCUACAGGACCUCAAGAUCUCACACGUCUACGACCUGCGCUCGCGAACUGAGAUCGAGCGCUACGCUACAGGAACCCGAGAGUGGCCCGGCGCCCAACGGGUCUUUACUCCGGUGUUCUUAGACGAGGAUUACGGUCCGGAGGCUAUUGCAUUGCGCUUUCGGAAUUACACCGCCGAAGGGAGUCAGGGAUUUGUUGAGGCGUAUCGGGGAAUUUGGGAGACGGGAACGGAUUCUAUCAACACUAUUCUCUCACAUCUUGCCAGACCGGAUCCUUCACCCCUACUCAUCCACUGCACUGCAGGCAAGGAUAGAACUGGUGUAGUCUGCGCUUUCAUCUUGUCUAUAUGCGGCGUGGAUGAAGGCACUAUUGCUCAUGAGUAUGGUUUGACUGAGGUUGGCCUUGGUGACUUUCGUGAGGAGCUUCUUGCUGCUGUGAUGAAGAGUCCUGAACUGAGAGCCAACCCCGAAGGUGCUCAACGAUUACUGGGAGCCAAGCCCGAGAACAUGCUUGCUGCUUUGGAAGCACUUCGUAAACAACAUGGCUCUGUCGAGGAGUAUGUGGUAAAGAACUGUGGUCUGACAGUGGAGGAUCUUGAGCAGAUUCGAAAGAACUUGAUCGUGCCCGAGGAGAGCAGGCAGUAGUGUCGAUGAGUUAUGAAUGACGACUCAGGACUAUGAUGAACAUCAACGUCAAUGGCACAGGUUGAGCAUGUUUAUAGAGGAUCACAUACAAAAAUGCAAGCGCUAUUCAUCAUCUCUGGACGAGUAUACAGUCCAUGUCUAAUUAAUACAUGGCGUUGGUAUUCGUAUAGUACAGUUUCGCCACCCCAUAUCCCAUAAAUAUUCAUACACUUCAAGG